CCAGUUAAGUGGCUUGCAAUAGAAGCAUUAUUUGAUCAACAAUACACAAUAAAGUCAGACGUGUAAGUUUUACAAUCACUAAAUUUAGUCUGCCAAACACAUAUAUUCUAUUUCAUUUUUUUCCAACUGUAACAAACAUAUAAAGUACACAUAAUAAUGUUGUUUGCAUUGUAUACAUCUAAUUUCAGGUGGUCAUUUGGAAUUCUUUUGUGGGAAAUCUUUACUCUUGGUGAGUAUAGAAAUUUAACUCUCAACUAGUUUUUUCAACUAAAAUUACUCCUGUUUAAUCUUUUCAGUUUUAAGGUUUCUGAUAAAAUACUGACUUGUCAAUACUUAUUAUAAUUAUUAUUAUUACUUUGGUGAAAAGAUUGCCCGGCAUCAGUUUGUUAGUUUCCCUUUACAUAUAUACUUUUGAGGUGUACAGUGUACAGUGUACAGUGGGACUCCAAAAUGGUUACUUUACCCUACAAGUAUACUUUAAAAGUUGCACUCUCUUGUCUAAACCCAUUUAAAUUGUUACCUUGUCAAAAAACCCAAGGUGGCAGGUGCUAUCUAUUAUACGUACAUAAUCUACAGUUUAAGCAUCUGACUAGUCAGUUAUAAAACUGUAAGGAUAUAGGUGGUCCCAUGUGAACACUCAGUGCACAAGCACUUUUAAUUACUAGCAAGUAUUUAAAAUAUAUGAUUGUUGACAAAAUGGUGUAUUUUCUUGCUUUAUUGAACAAGGUGGUACACCAUACCCUGGAAUUCCUGUUGAAAGGUUGUUCACUCUACUCAAGAAUGGAUACCGUAUGGAAUGUCCCAUAAACUGCCCUCCAAAUAUGUGAGCAUUAUUGGCAAAGGUUUAAUGUAUUUGCAUUUCAAGCUAAGGCCUUAAAAAAAAGGCCAAUUACCUUAGCAGAGACUCAUAAUUAAGAUUAAUUGGUAAUACAUAGGAACGUAGUUCGCACCUUAAGUUGCAAGUUAGUAUUUUAACAAAGGAAGAUUUGAACUAUUAAUAUGGUUACAAAGAGGAGGUGUUGAACAUUUUUUUUGAAAUGAAGUUUCUGCGCCUAGUAAUAAGUAGUUAAAAUUACUGAGCCUUUCAAAAACAUGAGAACUUUGAAGUUCAAAAGGCAACUGACAUUUGCAUUUUUUGCUGCCAACAAUCAUCUUGGCGGAUCUCUUAGGCAACAGAACUUUACUUAAACUGGUUCAAACAGUCAUGGUUUGUGAUCUGUGAUUGGUGGAUCUCCAUCCAUUUUGUGUGUUUUUGUGUUUCAAGGUUCAUUGCUUGUGAUCAUAAUUAUUAUAAUUGACAUCAGCAAAAAAAGCAAUUGUGAAGGCGGCUUUUGAACUUUAGAGUUCACAUGUUUUUGAAAAAACAUAAUUUUGUAAGACAUAAAUUCAAUAGAUUUACAGAAAGGUAAAUAAAAUCUCAUGGACUGAUUAUAAUUCAUUUAUUUUUAUCUCUUGAAUUUCUUUUUUAGCUACGAGACAAUGCUCCAAUGUUGGAGUGAACACGCCAAAAGUCGGCCAUCAUUUGCUGAGUUAUAUGAAAAGCUAGAUGGAUUCCUCUCAGCAGAAACAGCUUUGGUAAUUUAUUUCAACUCAUUGGUUAAUUUUAAAAAUAGAUUACACAAGCCAUAGUUAAUUGAGUGGAAUGGUUAUGAAACCUGUCAGACUCCUUUGUUAUAUGUUUUUGUGGACCUGAAAGUGCAAAAUGUUCAAAAGAAUUCCUAUUAUUUUGAUUGUAUUGACCAAUAAAAACGUUGCAUUAAUUUAUUCCGUAACAAUUUGCCAACAGAAAACAAAGGAUUGUGCACUUUCACGGUACUUCCAACAUAAACUGCAGCACUGUUGUUCUUAUCAUUGAUGUUUGCAGCUUUUCAUAACCAGUCUCCUCUAAUAACUAUGCACAAGCAAAUACAAGAUUGCAAUACACAGUCAUUAUGUACUCAGCCAAUACGCUUUAUUAUUCCAAUGGAUUGUUUAGGGAAGGUGUACUGCAGACUGAUCCCAAAGGUGAAAUGAUAAAAAAGUGAACAAAAUGUAGUUAAAAAGGGUUAAAUAAAAUAUUCAAAUUUAACUCGUUUACGGAAGGGAGUGUUUUG